CUUAGUGAAAGGUCAUGAAGCAUGACUGGAUAUAAUUCUCCCCACCCACAAGAGACACAACCUAAGAAUUUGUGUUAGCCAACUUUCCAAUAUGAAGCAAAGCUUCCUUUCCUCCCGCGACGGUUGAGUCAUCCUCUGCUAGAUAAGAGCGGCUAUUUAAACUGCAACAGAAGCUCCGCACACUGGCAGUUGGCUGAGGUCCUCGACUGUUUCAGUUUUUCACUCUUAGCAGGAAUUUGGAGAUGACUUUUGAUGACAAGAUGAAGCCUGCGAAUGACGAGCCUGAUCAGAAGUCAUGUGGCAAGAAGCCUAAAGGUCUGCAUUUGCUUUCUUCCCCAUGGUGGUUCCCUGCUGCUAUGACUCUGGUCAUCCUCUGCCUGGUGUUGUCAGUGACCCUUAUUGUACAGUGGACACAAUUACGCCAGGUAUCUGACCUCUUAAAACAAUACCAAGCGAACCUUACUCAGCAGGAUCGUAUCCUGGAAGGGCAGAUGUUAGCCCAGCAGAAGGCAGAAAACACUUCACAGGAAUCAAAGAAGGAACUGAAAGGAAAGAUAGACACCCUCACCCAGAAGCUGAACGAGAAAUCCAAAGAGCAGGAGGAGCUUCUACAGAAGAAUCAGAACCUCCAAGAAGCCCUGCAAAGAGCUGCAAACUCUUCAGAGGAGUCCCAGAGAGAACUCAAGGGAAAGAUAGACACCCUCACCUUGAAGCUGAACGAGAAAUCCAAAGAGCAGGAGGAGCUUCUACAGAAGAAUCAGAACCUCCAAGAAGCCCUGCAAAGAGCUGCAAACUUUUCAGGUCCUUGUCCACAAGACUGGCUCUGGCAUAAAGAAAACUGUUACCUCUUCCAUGGGCCCUUUAGCUGGGAAAAAAACCGGCAGACCUGCCAAUCUUUGGGUGGCCAGUUACUACAAAUUAAUGGUGCAGAUGAUCUGACAUUCAUCUUACAAGCAAUUUCCCAUACCACCUCCCCGUUCUGGAUUGGAUUGCAUCGGAAGAAGCCUGGCCAACCAUGGCUAUGGGAGAAUGGAACUCCUUUGAAUUUUCAAUUCUUUAAGACCAGGGGCGUUUCUUUACAGCUAUAUUCAUCAGGCAACUGUGCAUACCUUCAAGACGGAGCUGUGUUCGCUGAAAACUGCAUUCUAAUUGCAUUCAGCAUAUGUCAGAAGAAGACAAAUCAUUUGCAAAUUUAGUGAAUCUAAAGAUUCUGGAGAAGACCAUGAGAAGACUUUUGACUGUCGCUCUGAAAUUUAAGCUAUUCUUUAUUACCUGCAUGUAAAGCAUGUUGGCCUUGACAUCUGUCAGUUACCUGAUAGCUACAGUUCACCUCAACAAAGACAAGGACCAGAAGCAAAUACUGGUGGAUCCAGAUGUUUGAAAUCUUUGUAUCAAAACGUGUGAGUUCAAUUGUUUAUCCAUAUACACUGGCCUUGCCCCUCCAAAGUCUCCCAACCAACCUGCAAUCCUUCUUCCCCUUCGUGUUUUAAAUGAUGCUUCCUGCCUGACCUGGCCAUGCUUUGUACUCAGUCUCCUCUACCUCAGUAUGCCUCCUGUUGCCGCAUGAAAGACAGGAUGUAGAAAUCCUCCUCAAGUGCAGGCAGAGGGCUCAAAGGCAAAGCUCGUCCGAGAAAUAACAUGCAAAGAAACAGAACUGGAAAAACUACACUGCAAACAGGAACUCAUGAUCUCUAAAAAGCCAUGGCUUGAUCUUUAUGACAGGAGUCCAUCUCCAGACUGCACUUUUACACACAUAUUUUUUAUUUUCCUUUUAUUGUAAGUUUAUGGAUAGUUUGCCUACUUGAAUUCUGUGUACCACAUGAGUGCCUGGUGCCACUGAAGAUCAGAAGAGGACAUCAGAUUCUCUGGAUCUGGAAUUGCAGAUGGUUGUAAGCUGCUAUGUAGAUGUGAAGAAUUGAAUUCGUGUCCCCUGGAAGAACAGCCAGUACUCUUUGCCAUGAGCUAUCUCUCAAGCUCCUGUGAUCAAUUCUUGUAUCAGUUAUGUCUCCAUUUUUGCUCUACCAAAGAACAGUGUUAUAACUUUAAAACAGUAAGUAUUUUCAUUAUUCUAGGGGUAUUAUAGCAGAUAUAUAGAUAUAGAUAUAGAUGAUAUAGAUAUAGAUAUAGAUAUAGAUAUAGAUAUAGAUAUAGAUAUAGAUAUAGAUAUAGAUAUAGAUAUAGAUAUAGAUAUAGAGUGUGUGUGUGUGUGUGUGUGUGUGUGUGUGUGUGUUUCUAUGCUAGAUACAUCCUUGAGAAGAUGAGACAGUUUUGUGUGAAAUGAGUUUGUAAUAAUCCAAAUUUAAAAAUAAAUUCGAUGAUUACCUGUAGUGGUCAUAUUACCACAGCUAAGAUGAUGAACAUACCUGUCACUUCUGCCCCUUUCCAAAGCCUCCCCCCUAAAACAAACACCAAUCUGCUUUCAGUUCGCAUUUUAUAGAGCUUAUCAUUUUGUUUUUAAGACAGAAUCUCAUUAUAUAGUUCUGGCUGGCCUGGAACUCACUACACAGAGCAGGCUGGCCUCCACCUUCUAGAGCUCCUCCUGCCAGACUCCCAAACCUUAAGACUGAAGGAGUGCCCUGCCAUGUGUGACUCAAACACCUUAAUGUGAAUGGAAUAGCAUAAGAUGUCCAGGUUUUUUCAGUCCAGCUUCUUCCACUUGGUACAAUUUUUAAUUUUUGUGUUCAUACAUCUCCACCACAGUGUUUGUAUCAGUUCAUCAUUCUUUUCAAAUGUUGAGCCUUCCCCUGUGGAUCUAUAGUGUCAUUUGUUAUCUGUGUAUUUGUUGAUGCGAUUUGGGUUGUUUUUAUUUGGGGUCACCUACAAAUAAAGCUGCUAUGGAUGUCCAUGGACAAGGCUAAUAUCUUAGGUAAGCACCUACGAGUAAGAUGCUUGGGUCAUUCAGUGUGGGAAUAUAUGGUUGGCUAUUUUAACCAUUCCUGUUUGAAAACAUUAAUUUUUUUAUUUUUGAAAUCAAUUUUUUAAAAAAUUAGUCUAUUUUACAUCUCAACCCCAGUUUCUCUUCCUCCUCUCCUCUCAACCUUCUCCCACCUUCUCUCCCUGACCCCAUCCACCCCUCCUCCCUUUCUCUCCAGAAGAGGGGAGGCCUCCCAUGGAUGCCAACCAGCCUCAGCAUCUCAAGUUACAGUAAGAAUAGGUUUGUCUUCUCUUGUGAAAAUCUUAAUUUUUAGAUUUAUCUAUUAUAUAUGCAGUACUUUGCUUGCACAUAUGUAUUGGUACCAUGUACAUGAAUGGUACCAGAGAAAGUCAGAAGAGGCCAUUGUAUUUUCUGGGACUGGAAUUACAGACGGUUUUGAACAAUCCUAUAGACUCUGGGAACUGAACCCAGGUCCUCUGGAAAGGCAAGCAGUGCUCUUAACCCCUGAGCCAUUUCUUCUGGCCUUUUAGCAAUUUUUAUUAAUAUAUAACUGUGUAUAAUUGCACUUUUAGCUCAAAGUUCUUAAGUGUCAAAUAGUCUUGGAUUUAUUUUCAUGUUAUCACUGUCUGUACAAUUUCUGUGAUGAAAUAACUGAGCAUAUAUUUUGAGAAUUUGGUUUUCUUAAAUUUUAAAUCUGAAGGAUUUACAUAUUUGAGAAUAAAAACCAGCCAGAUAUGAAACAAGA